UUCUUCUUCUUCUAUUUAUUAAUUCAGUUUCUCGUUAGACUCAAAAACUUGCAAAACUCUCGUCCGAGAUAUAUCGACUCCGCGACCCUCCACUACUCUGCUGAUCUACACACACACACAAAAAAAAAAAAACUCAAUCGCCAGCAACAAUGGCGAAGCUCACACUUCUCUUCUUCCUUUCCUUUCUCAUCUUCUCCUCAUCCAUCGCUUUCCAAUCAGACGAGCUCCUCGUUGACGACGACGAAUUUGGUCUAGAAGGAGCAAAGCCCCGCUCCACCGAUCUUUACACAUCUUCUUCUUCUUCGCCACAGCAGCAGCAACAGACUCCAACUAUCCGGAGAAGAUACUCAGAUCCUACCGAUUUGGAUUCAAAAGUCCAAUUUACUCUCGAACAUGCCUUCGGUGACUCUGAUUUCUCCCCCGCCGGUACUUUCUCCGCUCGUCUCAAAACCUGGAGUCAUGGCGGAAAGACAUUAACGAAGCUGCGAUUCUCUAGAAAUGAUUUUUCUGCUGAAGAGAAAGAUGCAUUCAAGAAUCUGCUGAAAGGAGAUGACUUUUAUCGGAUUCGGCUUCCAUCUAAUGUGGUUAGUCCACCAGGGAGAGAGUUUGUGAUUGCAUCAGUGAGAGCUAGAUGUCUACCACGGGAUGGCUUGGAUGAGCAUUUCAUUAUACACAUGGAAGGUGCUAACAUCUUGGCAGUUAGUUAUGGUUCUCCUGGGGCGUGUCAAUAUCCUCGCCAAUUGAAACUUCCAGCAAAAUGGUCGUUUAACUCUCACACAAUUCUGAAAAGCAGUGAGCAGGCGCCAAGAACUCCAAUAUUCACUGAGGAGAUUCUAGGCAGUGAGAAUGUAGAGGGAGAAGUUGAACCACCACCAGAGAGAUCAUUUUGGGCGAAAUAUUGGAUGUAUUUGAUACCGCUGGGACUCGUAGUGAUGAAUGCCGUGACACAAGCAUCAAACAUGGCUGAAGAACCUGCGGGUGGACAGGCAGGAGGUGCACAAGUGCAACCAGCUGCCAGGAGAAGAUGAUUCCACUUUUACUUCUCCCAAAGCAAUGAAAGGUAGACCACGCCGCAAUUACUAUGCACAAAUUUCUCUUUUACCUAGCAGUCUUUAAAUCUUAUGAUCCUAGGAGAAUACAUUUAUAUAUUUGUUUGGCUAUCUUCGCAGCUGUGGAUUUAUAUUAUUUGGUUGUAACUUAUAAGUCACGUGGAAUUAAAUGAAUUCGGAGUUUGCAUGGAAAUAUCAACAAGGUUUAGGAAGCUGUCUUUGAAGUGCGUUAUAAGAUCAAAUCUGAUUUUUAGCUUAUGUUGUUGUAGCUGCAGCUGGUUAGAGAUGAUGAUUCAACAGAUCUUCAUGUAAACCAUCUUGCCAUCAUUUGGUUUUAUGUAACCUUUAAUUUUAAUCCUCGAUCGGUGUGUUUUUGUACUCACCAAUCGGGAAAUCAAAAAUCUUGUCUUCAUGACAUAUCAAGAACAAAGACAUUUAGCAGCUUCCAUAUCUUGUUUUGAUCGCAUUUCACCUGUCCAACCACAUGUUUGUCAAUUUGUAUUUGUUAGUAAAUUUAAGGGAAGUCAAGUCGUUUACAGGCCAUGAGAG